CCGCGGUGCUGACGACCUUCAGGACUGUAGAAUAAAAAUGCCCGGAGGAGAGAACGAGGGUUUGCUGGAGGGAGGCGCGGAGUGGACGGUGCAGGGGAGCAGAGCUGCACCACUGAGCCUGUGCAAUGACAGCACAAGGAGCCUGAGAGGCCGGGACCGGGUACUCUGGACUCGUUAAUGCAGUGACGCAGAGAUGCCUGGCUCCAUUCAAUGGGCACCCCGCUCGCCCGAGUACCAGUCUCAGAAGCAAUGCAAGACGACCUCAUUCGCUUUCUACCAGGCCGUGCGGGACCUGCUCCCAGUCUGGCUCCUGGAGGACAUGCGGCUUAUGGAGGUACUACACUGGGAGGAAGGGGGCAUCGUCAGCUCAUACACACCCUCUGAGGCUCUGCUCUACGCCCUGGUACACGACCACCAGCCUUACGCCCACUACCUGCUCAACCACUUCCCGAACGAUGCCCUAGCUGUGCCAAGCAAGAGCUUCAGCUGCUGCCAGUCUGGAGCUCCUCACCUCACCAUGGCUGUGCGCUAUAACCGGCUGCAGAUCCUGCAAGAAAUUCUGUGCACCCUCCGGACAUUCCCUUCCGAAAGCCGGACUGUCUACAUCAACCAGCGUGGGUGCCAGCGGGUGGAGGGUGCCAAGACUCCCAUACACCUGGCUUGUGAGCUGCAGCGAGUUGACUGUCUGAUUUUGCUGCUGGGGCAUGGCGCCUGCCCGUAUGUUAAGGACUGCAGUGGCAAAAUCCCCCUUGAUUGCCUUCUGCAAACAAUACAGGACAGUCCGCAGGAUAUGCCCCUGAAGAGGCUGUGCCUGGAUUCUGUGCUGCUGUACAUGCCAGCAGGAGUGCCCCUCUCCACCAGGCAGCGUCUGCAAGAGGGCACGGCUUGGCAGGAAAUGCUGGGAAAGGACUUGUACAGAUGGUUGACUGGCACCUCUCCCCCUACCCUCUUCACUCUGUCUAUGCAGGGUCUGCUCAGGGCCCUCCCUGCUGACAGGUUCCCAGAGGCCCUGGAGGAGAUCUCCCUACCAGGCUUCUUAAGACCCCUUGCCUUACAGAAGCAAGUCCCAAAAUAGAACGCCCAAGGAUGAUUAUCCCCACCCUCCACCUCUAACUCCCAUCAUGUCAGCAGGGGGACACACAAUACGCAGGCACUUGGCAUGCAAUGUCGGGGGGGGCUGCCAGCUGAUGAUGUGCAACAGACAGAUGCCCAGUUCUGCGCCAAGAUGGCGACUUGUUCAAAGCUGCUUGUGUAUCAGGGUAAAGGGGCACCCCACGUGUAAGGUGUAUAUAUCAGUAGUGAUCCAUUUUCAGAAAAAACAAAAACUAGCAUGCAAUCAUUCAGAAAUUCUUAUAGGGGGUGGUGCAGGAUGAGAAAAACAUGGCUGCUCCCUUUCCAAAGCCGCUGUACACCGUUUCCAUGUGGUGUUGUAGCUCUGUUCUGUUGAAGUGAAUGGGAAUGAACUGCAAUUCCACAGACGACCUGUAGACAGGGGUGGCGCUACUUUUUGGAACAAAGCGAGUCACUUUAAGUGACCAUGCUUUUUCCUAUUCCAUACGAUCUCUGAAGAUUAGCGUCAUUAGAACGAGCAGGGAUAACUGCAUCCUGCCUUUUGUAUUUCAACUCCCUGGUUUUUAAGAUCUCUGCUUUCUGUCAGCGAAUGGGAACAUCCAUUUGCGUGCAGUGGUUGAAACCCAUAGCGUUUACAAAACAAAGCACUGGUAGAACAAGUCGUGCAGCUUUGGAAGUAGGGGGUCAGCAAGCUGUAACUACUAUUCCCAGCAUGCACACUCGCUCAGCUGUUCUUCCGUAGAAGUGAAUGCAGCAUGCUGGGAGUUGUAGUUGGAGAACGGCUGGAGUGCCAGGUGUUGCUAACCUCGGAUGUAAAGGGAUGAGGAAUAGAAACACAAAGUCAAGUCCACAAUGUACAAUGAUUAAAGGGGUUGUGCGCAAAGAAGGGAAUGACGUUAAGCAGCAAUACCGCACAUAACCUGAGGACAGGUGUGGCGCUGUUUUGGGGAAA